AUGAAAAUUAAGAGUCUAGAAGAUGAAAAUCAGAUGCUUACGACUAUAAACAAAGCAUUUGGUAAAGGAAAAAUAUCAGUUCAUGCUAACGAUGAAGUUGAAUUCGACUUCGACUUAAAUGAAACUGAAAUGAAGUCAAUUCUAAAGACCUUACCGCUUGAGCUUAAUCUGAAUUUAGAAGAAACUUUUACAAGCGAGACCAAUACUGAAAUUUGUCAAAAGCUAUUACCUGAGCUUUUUAAAGUUUUAAUAGACAUUUAUGAAGAGCAUCAAAGAGGAGAAUUGUCUACCUAUGGUGAAAUUCAUGAUGCACUUGUACAAUCUGACUAUUCACUUUAUGAGAAAGCUUUGAGACAAACGAAGGUAACUGAAAUUGACAAUGAAUAUAUGCAUCAAACUGAAAAGGAAUAUAAUGAUUAUGAUGAUAUGCUAGAUAAUUAA